ACCGAGUGGGUGCAUGACAGGUGUCACUCGUCGCACCGAAUCGACGGCGUCCUGACGCACCUGCAUCUGCCGACGCGCGGUGCACCCCGCCUUGGCAACCGCCUCGGCCAACAUGAAGAUCUCCGGCGGCGCCGUCUGCCUGCUGCUGCUGGCCUGCAGCGCGCUGCCCCCCGGUGCGCUCGCGCGCAGCGCCCGCAGCCGGUCCCGGUCCUCCUCCUCGUCUACCUCCACGUCGACGACAUCGACAUCGACGACGACGACAACCACCACGGCCGCGCCGGAACUUCCCUCCAGCACGGCGUCGGUGGAUACCGAGGAGGACUCGAAGGAGGCCACCUCUGAGGCCACGAGCAAGCCGACACCAAGCACUACGACCACCGAGGAGGCACCUGUCUCAUCGACAACCACCACUGCGCGCCCCCGCCAGGACGGGAAGCAGUCCGCCAAGAUCUCCGCCGCGCAGCGCUCUGAGCGUUCUGAGCGCCCCCGUGAGGCCAGGGACCAGGCCAGGCGGGAGCCCAAGCAGGACCAGCGGUCAGCCAAGCUCGAGGCCAAGAAGGACGAGGCGAAGGUGGACGAGCCGAAGAAAAAAGAGACGAAGAAAGAGGAGGCAAGGAAGGAGGAGGAAAGGCGCGAGGAGCCCAAGAAGAAGGAAGUGAGUAAGACUGAGGAUGAAUCUGAUGAGGUGGAGCAGAAACAGUCCAAAAAGAGCAGAUCGCACGACAGCGAGGAGGACGACGAGGACGUGCCGGAGGACGGGCGAGUCGAGCUGAAGAAGGACCCGCGCCAGAGGGCGGGGCGUGACAAGACAACGUCCACCACGACCACGACAACCACGACGACCACUAAGGCGCCUGAGGAGAGCAGCAGCUCGGAGGAGGACGACGAGGAUGAAGAGGAAGUUAAGCCAUCGUCCGCUUCAGCUUCUACAACUACCUCGACCUCCACAACUACAACCACCACCACGACGCCACCCUCUACGACAUCGACGCCAACCACCACGGCAGCACCAACUACAACCACCACCACCAAGGCUACGACAACCACGCCAAAACUUACGACUCCGCGCCAAUCGCCACCACCCCUGCCCGUCGUAAAGCAGCAGCAACGUGAACGAGAGCAGCGGGAGAAAAAGAGGGAGGAAGAGAAAAAGAAGGAGGAAGAGAAAAAGAAGAAGGAUGAUGAGGAUAAAAAGAAGCGGGACGAGCAGGAGAGAAAGAAAAAGGAUGAGGAGAAAAAGAAGAAGGAAGAGGCAGACAAGAAACGGAGAGAAGAAGACAAGAAAAAGAAGGAAGAGGAAAAGAAGAAGAAAGAAGAGGAGGAUAAAAAGAAGGACGAUGAGAAGAGAAAACAAAUUGAAGAGAAGAAAAGAAAGGAAGAGGAUGAGAGAAAAAAGACUGAAGAAAAAAAGCGGAAAGAUGAAGAAAAGAAGAAGAAAUCUGAUGAACUGAAAAAGAAAGAGGAGGAGGAAAAACGCAGGGAAGAAGAAAAGCGAAAGCGGGAAGAAGAAGACAAGAAAUUAGAAGAUGACAAGAAGAAAAAGGAACAAGAAGAAAAGCGGGAGGAGGAAAAAAAGAAAAAGGAAGAAGAGAAAAAGAGGAAAGAAGAAGAUGAAAUAAAGAAAAAAGAGGAAGAGAAAAAGAAGGAGGAGGAAGAAGAAAAAGAAGCCAUAAAGAAAAAAGAAGAGGAGGAAGAGAAGAGGGUAGCAAGGAAAAAGAUCGAAGAGGAGAAACAAACGGAGGAGGAAACAAAACUAAGUAAGAAGAGAAUAGAAGAGGAUGAGGAUGAUGAUGAAGAUGAUGAGGACGAAGACGAAGAAGAAGAAAGGGAACGAGAAAGGAGGAGAAAGGAAGAGCGGAGAAAAAGAAAAGAGGAAUCAAGGAAGAGGCGUAAUGAAGAGAGAAAGAAAAGGGCGGAAGAACGUAAAAAGGCAGAGGAAGACGAAAAGAAACGUAAGGAUGACGUUGUGAAGGACAGAAAAGAGUCGCGUGGAAGGGACGCCAAAGAUAGAAGAAACAAAGAUACGAAGCCAAAACCCGUUGACACCGAACAAGUCGUUAAAGAAGAAGAAAAGCCACCCAAAGAUAGCGAUAAACGGCAAAGGAAAACUCAUCGGGACCAAGUGAAAACUGAAGAGAAGAAAGAUGCCGAUGAAAAGCCGUCCAGCAGUGUUUCUGAAGCGAGAAACCGGAAUGAAACCGACAGUGCGUCUCGGAUCCUAAACAAGGGGGAUGAUAGCGAUGCCUCCUCAAAAACCCACCCCGAAUCAUCCGACUCACAGAUGACACUCAAGAAGCUCGAAGAACAAGAGGAAGAGGAGGACAGAGAGCACCCCGAUGGUAGCAGCGGCGGUCCCCUAAAGGUGGAGAAGAGGGAGGAGGCAAAGGCGGAGGCCAAGGUGGAGGCCGAGGAGGUCGCCAAGGCGGCUAACAGCAGCAGCAGCAGCAGCAGCAGCAGCAGUGACGAGGGCGCAGGAGACAGCCAGGACGAGAGAAGCACAGCCGACGAAUCCGAGGACAAGCGCCUCGAGGCGGAGGUGCAGAUGGACUUGAAGCGGCAGCGAUCUCCCGUCCGGGACGACGCACACAGGAGGAAGAAAACGGAGAAGAAGUCGGAGCAAGCCAAGCCGCCGAGCACGGAGGCCAAGAAGGAGAAGGAGGAGACGCACGAGGCGAGCACCGCCAGCAGUGCGAGGAAGAAGGAGGCGAAAGAGAGGAAAAGCGUGAGCAGGGCAGCUGACAAGGUGGCCGCCGAAGGAGAGGAAAAUAGGAGAUCAGGUUUGGAGACUGCAGAGACCACGUACGUGAGCCAGCCAGUCGUAGAGAAGACCACGAAGGAGGUCGAGUCUACGUCCGACGGGCAGUACGUCGCACAGCAAUCCAUCCAGUCGCUCAAAUUCGUACCGCAGGAUCAGGCUCUGCAGAGCUUGCAAACGCCCCGUCAAAAAAACUCGAGGCAAAGGGUACCAAACCAAAAUUUCCUCGCCCUGCAGCAGCAGCCGCUCCUGCCGCAGCAGCAGCAGCAGCUGCAGCACCAGCUGACUAAGCAGCAGCGGGGCAAGCCGCAGCAGCCCCAGGAGGAGGGGUCGGCGGCAGGGCCCGCUCUCGACGACGACGGCGGCCUCACCACAACCACCACGACGACCAGCACGCCCUACCCCAUCAUCCAAAUAGUCCACUUUGACAAGGAGCAAAGUGCGGAUGGCAGCUACAAGACGAGCUACGAGACGGCCAACAACAUCUUCGCCGAGGAGACAGGGUUCUUGAGGCGUCCGCAGGGGGGCGAAGGCGACUCCGAGGAGGCGGAUGAGUCGCUGGUGCAGCACGGCUCGUACUCGUACACGGCCCCCGACGGCAGCCUCAUCACCCUCACCUACACAGCGGACGAGAUGGGCUUCCGGGCCACUGGCGACCACAUCCCCACGCCCCCGCCCGUGCCCCCAGAGAUACAGCGGUCGCUCGACAUCAUUUACGCGCAGAUCCAGCGAGACCAGGAAGAGGCUGAGCGAGAGGAGCGGGAGGACCAAGAGCGCGAGCAGCAGCGGCAGCAGCAGCAAGCGAGCAGCGACCGCCAGGAGGAGUCCGUCAGUGCGCCGCAGCGCCACGCCAACCACCGCCACGACGACCCCCGUGACGACAACGACGACGACGACACCAGCAGCAACGACACUCGUGCCAACGACGCCGACGUCGACGUCAGCGCCGGUAGCGCGCCGGCCCGCGGCCAGGAGACAGGCGUCCUCGAGGCGCACGGUGGAAAGCAGCCCGGCGCCGUCAGUCGACACCGCCGCCGUCAGUAGGAGGCGCCACCAGCACUACGCCACCGCCACCACCACGGUGCCCACCACCGAUGUCCCCGACGUCCCCGCCACCACUGACGAUUCCCAGCCUAGAGAGGGCACGUCUCUUGACGGUGACAGGGAGGGCUUUUCGUGGACGAGGCUUGUCCUCGAAAUCCACAAGUUCCUCAGUGGACGAGAGGCAACCAGAAAACGACGUGUCUAGACGGAGCGUUAGAAUUUAGGAAAUAGACUGCACUUUUCUUUAAUGUGUGUUUUUAGAAUAUUACCGGUUGUUGUGUUUUGUGUUCCUUUUUUUAAGUUUUGUUAUUGGUUGUUAAUAAUUCCUCAUGAUUUGUUAAUCAUGUUUGACUGAAAUGUUUUGUGACUUCUGUUCGCGAGUAUGAGCUGAUUACGUAUUAGCGUUAACAAUGUGAUAUUACUUUUCUAUUAAAGAAGUCCUCACAUUGACAAAUAGAUGCAGUUAUCAUUGAAUUUUAAUUCUUUUAAGUUAGGGUCGUACUGACGUCUUUUCAG